AUGUCACAAGAUCAGGACGUUUCAAGCUCGCUCAAGAAUCUGUCAAUCGACACAAAAGACGAGCCUUCAGUGCUGUCUAAGAAACCAGCUGCCAAAAAGAAGACCAAGAAGGCCGUCGCAGACUCAUGGGAAGACUCCGACUCCGACUCCGGCUCUGAUGCAGAGCCUGAAGCCGAGCCAGAGUCAAACAAGCCAACUCCAACCACGACGCCUGCACCGCCUCCCCCAACGCCCAUGUCUCCCGUCGGUGGCCUACCAUGGGAGUCAUCUUCAGGAAGUCCCGGCCACCGCGCUGGAGCAGACCCGGAUAAGCGGCCUGAGAAGACAGAUGCCGUGGCUCGUCGUAUGAUCGCUGCUGGACUAGGCCUCAAGGCACCAAAGCAGACCGAGGAGCAAAGGGCGUACCAGAGGAGUGUUCGCGAGCAAGAGAAGAAGAGGAGGGAACAGGAGAAAGAGGAGGAAAAGAAACGACAGGCUGAUGUUGAGAAGGCAAAGGCAGCUAUUUGGGAUGAUUAA